CAGAGUGUUGCGCGGGACUCCGUUGUCUAACAGAUUCCGUUUCGUGUCUUCCGCCCACUGCAGCGGAAUGGCAAUUGAUUCGGAACCGGAAUCAGUUAGAUAGCGCUUAGUAGAUAGAUUCAUGUCCACCGGCAAUACAGAAUGUCUGCAUCUUUGGGCGUAUAAUACCCGACCAGUAGGAGCACACUGGUUGCUGCUUGCUAUCAACCCUAUAAGGGAAGUCGUGUAUUAUCUGAAUUCGGUAAAUGGUGAAUGGACCAAUUAUCCGGCCAUGAAGGACAUCGUUGAUUUAUCAAUACAAGUGUUCCGAAGUCAACGGGACGCACAGGUAUCCCGAACUAAAUCUAGCAACAUUACUUGGAUCCAAGUGCAGUGUCCGCAACAGAAAAACAGUUACGAUUGCGGAUACUUUGUAUUGAGGUUUAUGAAAGAAAUCCUUCAGGCAAAUCAAUUAGAGAUUCCGCUCACGUACCUUGACGAAUUCCGUGCCGCUGGAUACCCGAGACUUAAGUUGGAAGAAAUAAAAGAGAAUUUGUGUCAUUUUUAUAUUAAGCGCUUUUUCAUGUAGGAUUUGUGUCGAAUUGAAG